AUCAGAAAAAUAAUUGAACAAUGGAACACGAAACUCAGCAGCAAGGAAAUCCCAGUAACCUAACUGCCGAUCAAAACGCUGCUUUGAUCAACUCCUUCAUAGAAAUCACUUCUUCUUCCAAAGAAGAAGCCCUCUUCUUUUUGGAAUCCCACCAGUGGGACCUGGACGCCUCCGUUUCCACCUUCUUCGAUAGCAAUUCUACCGCCGCACAACAACCGCGCUCAAUCACGCCUCCCGUCUCCGACGUCGUUAACAACUCUCCGACUUCCUCACCCUCUGAUUCCGCUGAUUAUUCUCCCUCGCAAUCGCCUUCUAGGUCCCGCUCCCCUUCUCCUGCCCGCCCUUCUCGCCCCCCUUAUACGCUUAGGUCGCGCCGCAACGCUGAUAAGAAACCGUCUGGUAGCGACGGAAGCAACGCUCGUGGCGUUCGUACCCUCGCCGAUCUAAACCGGUCCCCUCCUGGUGGGUCCGACAGCGAUUCCGAUGAAGGCCAGGAUUAUUUCACCGGCGGUGAAAAAAGUGGGAUGGUGGUUCGAGAUCCUUCGAAGCAUCACGAUGUGGACUCUAUUUUUAAUCAAGCGAGACAAGCAGGAGCGGUGGAAGGAUCUGAUUAUAUUGCAGAUAGGGUUGAGAAGGUUGCUGAAACCAUCCAAAGAUUGGGUGAUCUGAAGCUUAGAGUGCAGACUUUGGAAGCUGAAAGGGCUUUCCAACGUGUUAAUGUUGUUCAGAAGACAAUAGGAAGUGAAGUUUCUUUUUCUUUGGGUAACAUUAAGUUCUCUUACAUGCAUCCUUCCAUAGAGAACUUUGAAAGUGAUGGGAUUUUUGACAAUGGAGUUCACGAGUUGCAUGAUGUGCAUGCUUUUCAUGUAAUCGUUGUAAUGGUUUUGAUGUGCAAUUACCCAGUUGGUUUUUCCCUCUAUGUUGAUGAAAAGAAGUUUUCUUUGCAGAUUCUGAAGGAUUUUCUGUUAUGGGUUGACAAGGAUCUUGGACCUUGGGGUCCACUUGUGAUGGUUGUUGCUUACUUUCCUUUCACACUUAAAGCUUUUGCAUUGAAAGCCACUGUUCAGGUUUUCUGUGACCGAUAA